AUGGCGGCCGACAUGCAGUCCCCACGUCAAGACGAUUUCGAGGUCAUGCCUUCGAAAGAAGCCUUCGCAUCCGCCCAGGACAACGACAUGGCUGAAAAGGGCGAAAUCAGCAUUGAUAAGAGCACGACUUUGCAUCGUGGACUCCGGUCUCGGCACACCACUAUGAUCGCAUUGGGUGGCGCUCUAGGGUCUGGCUUGAUCAUCGGUACAGGCUCAGCUCUGGCAAGUUCAGGACCAGCUGCCGUUCUGAUUGCCUAUUCGAUGGUCGGCUUUGUGGUCUGGCUGAUGUUGACCGGCCUCUGCGAGAUGGGAACAUACCUGCCCAUCGCGGAGGGGUUUACCGGCUACGCUUCUCGCUUCGUCGAUCCGGCCCUGGGCUUUGCACUCGGGUGGUCGUAUUGGAUCAAGUACGCCAUCUCGACUCCCAACCAACUGACCGCCAUAGCACUGGUUCUUCAAUAUUGGGUUCCUCGAGACCAGCUCAAUCCUGGAGUCUUCAUCGCCAUCUUCCUUGUGGUCAUCAUCCUCAUCAACUACUUCGGAAUCCGGUUCUUUGGCGAGUUCGAGUUCUGGCUUUCGUCGUUGAAAGUGCUGAUCCUGUGCGGUGUCAUCAUUCUAUCCUUGGUGCUGGCCUGUGGAGGUGGGCCAGAUCACGAUGCCAAAGGAUUCCGAUAUUGGCACCACCCCGGCGCUUUCCAUGAAUUCAAGGCAAAGGGGGCCCUCGGACGCUUCUUAGGCGUGUGGAACUGCAUAGGUAUUGCAUCGUUUGCUUACCUGUCGACCGAGUUCAUCGGAGUCACUGUCGGCGAGGCACAAAACCCGCGUCGAACAAUCCCGCGAGCGGCACGGCUGAUCUUCUAUCGGAUCUUCUUCUUCUACGUCCUGAGCGUCUUCUUCCUCGGCAUGAUCGUGCCAUACAAUUCACCCAAGCUGGCCUUUGCCACGAAACAGUCGACCUCGGCGGCGGCGUCGCCUUUCGUCGUAGCGAUCGUUCUGGCUGGGAUUGACGUGCUGCCAGGCUUCUUGAACGGGUGUAUCUUGGUGUUUGUCUUCUCAGCUGGCACCUCGGACCUCUAUAUCUCCAGUCGGACUCUGUACGGUCUGGCGCGGGAUGGCAAGGCGCCGGCCUUUUUGGCGAGGACCAACAACCGUGGUGUGCCUGUGCCUGCUCUCGCGGUGUCAGCCGCCCUGUCGCUGCUGGGGUUCAUGAACGUGUCGAACGACUCCAAGAAGAUCUUCGGCUACUUCAUCAACUGCAUCACCGUGUUCGGGUUGAUCGUCUGGGUCUGCAUCUUGCUGAGCCACAUCUACUUUGUGCGGGCGCGCCGAGCACAGAACAUUCCCGACGACAGCCUGCACUACCGUGCGCCCCUGGGCAUCUGGGGCUCGUGGGGGGCGUUGUGUUUCUGUGUGCUUGUCGCGUUUACCAAGAACUUUGCCGUCUUCAUCCACACGGCCACGUCGGAUUUCGACUACAAGAAUUUCAUCACGGGGUAUAUCGCCAUCCCGGUGUUUCUGAUUAUUUUGUUUGCAUACAAGGUCGUCUACCGAACCAAGGGUGUCAAGCCGGCCGAAGCGGAUCUACAGUCUGGACUGGCCGAGGUCAGACUGCAUGAGAUUGAGUUUGCCGCGAUGGAGGCUGAGAAGCUAGCUAACCAGGGCAGACUGGGGAGGUACUACCGACGGUAUCUGUCUUGGUUGUUCUGA